AUGUCCAAAAAAAAAACGAAAGUAAUGGCAAGUCGAUUCAGACCUGUUGUAUAUACAGAAGGAGAGUUGGAUAAGUCUGACUUAACGCAACCACCUUCAAAAAGCAAUCCGCAUCCACUAAACUUAUCAAAUCCUUCACUGUUCCCUCCUACACAUUCAUGGUCUAUUGCUCACUAUGUAAAUCAUUUACCGGUAUUACAAAUACUCGUGGAAUUGGGCGUAGAUUUGUUUGAAGUAUUGAUUUAUUUUAUGUUCACAGUUUCUAUUUUGACAUUUCGUUUCAACUGGGAAAAAGAUGUUAAGCCAAAACUUAUCUGGCUUGUUCACCAAGUUGGCAUGCCCAUAUCGGAUGUGGGCUCUUAUUUGACUCGAAAUCCUUACUUUUUGUUACAAAGUUUAGAAAAUAUGCAGGUACGAUUAAACUAUUUAUAUGCAAAGCGACUGUGUAAAACGAAAGUACUUAAAAUUGUAAAGAACAGUAGGUUCUGGUUGAAUAUAGAUGUUACAACAACUGAUUCUCGCUUGGGUUGGAUUCAAAAGACAUUUGAGUUGACAGGAGAUGAAGUGCGUGAUGUGAUUGUGAAUGAACCAAGACUUAUCAUGUAUGGUAUUGGACCGCUUGAAAGACUUGUCAUUAUGCUAACAGAAGAGAUGGAAUUUACUAAAGAACAAGUUAAAGCAAUUUUGAUGAAAGAUCCGAGAGUGUUCAUGAUACAAUCAAAUGCUCUACUGUCAACGUUCAGAUAUCUUCGGUUCACGAUGAAUGUGACAAAUGCGCAGAUUGCAGAAUGGCCUGUAUGCUUACGCUUUGCUGUUGGUGCAGUUCGAAAGCGGCACGAAUUUUUGAUCCGGUUAAAUAAAGCUGAUUACAUUGAAGGUUCGCCAAAUUACGUUCCUCUUAGCGCCUUGCUUCAACCUUCUGAUCAAAAAUUCGCAGUUAACGUGGCACAUACAUAUUUAUGUGUGUACAAUAGCUUUUUGAAGAAUUAUUGA